AUGGCCUUCUUGAAUUAUGAGAGCAAGAGAGGAAGUGGUAAGAAACUAAAAGUGCAUUUUGAUCUUCCUGAGGAUGAUGAUUAUCCCAAUCACAAGCAUUCAAGUUCUUCAGUUUCAUCUGAAUGCUCAUUAGAUUCAGAUGAUACUGACAAUGACAAUAGCAUAGACAAUGUUGAUUCCAAGUAUGGUUCCUAUGGCUCUCCUGUGUGGAGCUUUCAAGGAGGAUCAGUAACCCAAUCUCCCCCAGUUCAGUUUUUGAGUUCUCCUGAGUAUGAUCCAAACAGAAUCCCCUCUUCUAUAUUUAAUAAACCUACAAGUCCUAUGGAAUGGAGUGUAGCCUCAAAUGAAUCAGUAUUCAGCAUACACUUAGGAAACAACAGUUUCUCGAGGGAUUAUGCUUUUCCAUUCAACAACAAAUCUGGGGAAUUGCCUAGGACUAGUGAUUUGCCCAGCAUGCCUGCAACACUGCCACCUGUUCAAGAGGUGCCUGCUAAAGACAAAAAUGUGGACAUGGAAAGACACUCUGUGUCAUCGGAUUCAUCAAGUGAAACCGCGGAUUCGGUUAGGGGGCAUGACCAUAAGAAAACAUCACAUGAAACUGCUGGUUCAGUUGGGGAGGUUGUUGACCUCGUGAAAAUAGAAAAUUCAGAAGACAUUGGCACUAAUGAAGUAGUGUUGGACAAAACUCCAGAUGAUCAUUCCAAUGAAGCAAAGAUCCCUAAUGGGGAAGCCAAUAACUAUACAAGUGUCUUAUACCGUUCGAUUGCAGAAGGAGGAAGAACUAGUUCAUCAACAGUAGAGUCAGAAAAGCAAGAAAAAAGUGAAAAGCAUGAGCAGCAGCCAGAGAAGCCACAGCAGCCUCGCAGUCCUAAAACAGAAAAAUCACCAAAGCAAAGUGGUAAAAGUUGGUGUUUCUCCUGCUCUUGUUCACCAUGCUUUUGA